UCUAACGUUGACCGGUGCCUUGCCCUUCCCCCAUCUAGCCAGCCAGCUGUGCUGUUUCUGAGUCCCCUAGUCUGCACAUCGUCUAUCGCUCCUCUCCUCUGACACCUUCACCAGUCCUACCCAGGAGUCCUUCCCGCAGGACAUCCGUCCACCAGGGAUAUUUAUCAAUCAAGGACCUGGAAAAGGGGGGGCAGAAGGAGCAGAGUGCCCAGCUUUAGUGAGCCGUCCCUGGUGUCAGAUCUCGAGGUUGAUGGGUACUGAAAGAGGUCUGGUGGGUUAGGGAGGGUACACCUGUUGUCUUAGCAUCUGUUGGCACCGACCCAGACUUCAGAGCCUUAUGCAAGGCCUGGAUACAUACGAUACAUAAUGGAAUUCCAGUCCACCUGGGAACAGAAAACCCCCUGGACCAUCCACGUAGUUAACCCUACAUAACUCAAGAGGAGUGGAAGUUGGACGGGAGGAUUUUAUGUUUUUAUGAUAAACAUCCGCUCACAAUUCAUGUCAGGUAAACAUAGUUUAACCGUUUGACUCUUAAGCAAAAGGAAUCCUCUGGCUCACCACACCAGUGAAAGAUGGGGGAGUCUAGGCCUAAUGGAACACUCGUUUUGUCUGUUCUGGAACUCUCAUUGUGAACUAUGGAACACUCUGGUUCACCUCUGACCCCUGACCUCAAUGAUGCGACAGCCAAUGAGAGCCUGUGGUGGUGGGGGCUGGGGGCACCCCUCCCUUCAGCCCCUAGCAGACAGCUGGGCACCUUGCCCAACUCCCAGACACGCUUCAAGGACCUGUCAGGGAUAUUCUUCAUGGUGACCCUGAACGUGGUGGCGCUGCUGGCUAACACAGCCGUGCUGGUGGUCGUGGUCAAAGCCCCGCACCUCAGGAAGUUUGCCUUUGUGUGCCACCUGUGUGCGGUGGACCUGCUGUGUGCCGUGCUGCUCAUGCCAUUGGGAAUUGUGUCCAGCUCGCCGUACUUCGCCAGCGUGGUGUUCACAGUGCUGGAGUGCCAGGUGUACAUCUUCCUCAACGUGUUCCUCAUCGCAGCCUCCAUCUUCACCAUCACGGCCAUCAGCGUGGAGCGUUACUACUACAUUGUCCACCCCAUGCGCUACGAGGUAAAGAUGACCCUGAAGCUGGCCACAGCCGUCAUGGUCCUGGUCUGGGUAGCCUCAGCCCUCCUGGGGCUGGCCACUGUGUUCGGCUGGCCCAGCUACGGCAGCCUGAGCUCCAUCAGCGCCGCCCACUGCUCUCUCCACUGGAGCCACAGCGGCCACCGCCGGGCCUUCUCUGUCCUCUUCACAGUGGCCUGUUUCUGCCUGCCCGCUGCAGUCAUCUUUGCUGUAUACUGUAACGUCUAUAAAGUGGCCCGCUUGGCAGCUAUACAGCAUGGACCAUUACCGUCCUUGACUGCCAGCCAUCUUAAACACCGCUCAGAUUCCAUCAGCAGCCAGACCACUAUCAUCACCACCCGCAACACACCCAGGAGGCUCCACCAAAAAAGGCCCUUUGGUGGGGGCAAGGCUGCCUUCACCCUGGUGGUCAUUGUGGGCCAGUUCCUGCUCUGCUGGUUGCCUUACUUCGCCUUCCACCUGCACCUGACUAUCAACAACCCGCCCAAGGUCCCACCUGACCUAGAGGAGGCCGUCACCUGGCUGGCGUACUCCUCCUUUACCGUCAACCCAUUUUUUUAUGGGCUGCUGAACCGCCAGAUCAGGGAGGAGCUGUGUAAGCUGCGGCGCUGCUACUCCACCCGGCCCGUCGAGCUGGCCCUGUCCAGCGGCCACGAGGGCUCAGCCCACGAGAACUUCCUGCAGUUCCUACAGAGAACCAGCUGUACGGUGGAGACCAGAGCCAGCUUCGCCUGCACAUCCAGUCCCAGGAACACCCUGGACCAGACAGCGCAGCAGACAGCUGACUUCAGGAUACCCGGACAGAUACCGGAGGAGUUCAAUUAAAACGCCCCUGAUAUACUAACCUGGACCCCAGUGAUAUACUGUUACUGUAUGGACACAAGCCCCUGACUGCUGAGUUAAAACUGUUAAAACACCUUUAUAUCUGGCCACUGGAACCUUAUUGACUUCUGUAAUGGCUGUACCACAGGAAUACUAGAAGCAGGAACAGCCUGGACAAGACUGGGCAGACAGCUGGGUUCAGGAUACCAGGGCAGAUACCUGAGGAUUUCAGUUAAUCAACAAUAUUCUUAGAUUUGUAUGCCACUGGCACUUACUGUAGUUGACUGCUGUAAUGGCAGUGCAAACUUCCCCAGGACUACUGACCUAGAGCAGCAAAAUUAGCCUCGGCGUAAUUUCCCAGAGCCUUCAUAGCGUUAAGAUCAUCGCUAGAACCUUCUUGUGAUGUAUCAUUAGUAGCGAAGGUUUUUCCCAGAGCCUUCAUUAGUAAAACUUUGCACAUCUACGAGGGAUCCAGACUACUUUUAGAGGAGCCAAAGUGGAUGGAUGUUUUUUUGCCCUUGUUUAGGCUGUCUGUCUGACUGUGACUGACAAUAACUUCAGAACGAAGUUGACUACAGAUACAAAAUUACCAAAGUUUUAGCACAUUUUACAAACAAGUGAAGGAUAACAUGGUGCUUCAAAUGAAAAUCGAGAUGACUGCAUUAAAAGAUACAUAGCCUAUAACGGCCCAUAUAGCCUAUUUCAAUCAUAUUGAAAUAAUUUCAUGUUCAAUCCCACUGGGCACAGAUGGUUCAACAUAAUUUUAUUUAAAUUAUGUGGAAACAACAUUGAUUCAAUCAGUGUGUGCCCAGCGGGAUCAAUUUAGUUAUAUUUUGCCUCAAUGUGUUUCAUGGUGUGUGACAACAUUUGUAUAAUCUGUGAUUCAGUGCAUUAUUAUUGGGUAAGCAUAAUAAGCUGCCUCAAUAGCUUAUUUACAGUCAUGGGUGGUAAUAUCUCUCUAGUAGCUGAUCUGUUGUCAGUAUUGUGGAAUAAUUUGAAUGUUAAGGUAUGAUUUAAAUGGAGAAAGCUGAUUCCGAGAGCAUCGCUGCUUUUCUUUGGAUCCUAUCACUAUCGACACGUGGUCUAGCGGCGCACUUAGCGAACGUUCUCUUUACGUGAUUGUUCAGGAAACGCAAUUAAAACGUUGGUUUGUAAAUAGCGAUACAUCUGAUACGAUCAUCAUAAUGCUUAAGUUACAGUACAUCGCAACUGGGAAACAAGGCCCCAGUCCCAGAUCUGUUUGUGCUGUCUUGACACUCCUAUUGUCUUGCCUGACAAUGACCAUAGGAGCAAACACUAACAGAUUUUAUUAACCUACUGGGCAAAAUAUGGCUGAAUCAACGUUGUUUCCACGUCAUUUCAACCAAAAUAUUAAAUGUGAUGACGUUGAAUCAACAUGGAAAACUGAUUGGUCCAAUGAAUGACAGGGUGGCAUUUUUGGUUCAUUUCACAUUGAAUUCACAUUAGUUGACAACUUAACUAAAUGUAAGUCAAAACUAGAUGUUGUACUGACAUCUGUGCCCCGUGGGAGACCACAUCAAUGUCAGUCCAGUGAGGCAACCGUACUGCCCCCUACACCCUGCCCUUAAAACAAACAGAGACAGGCCUCCUGUGUGGCACAGUGGUCUAAGGCACUGCAUCGCAGUGUUAGCUGUGCCACUAGAGAACCUGGUUCAAGUCUAGGCUCUGUCGCAGCUGGCCGUGACCAUGCGAUGCAAUGCACGCUGAAACGGUUACCAGGUGUACCAGACACAGUGGUGUAGCUGGCUUCUGCGUUAAGCAGGCGUUCUGUCAUGAAGCAGUGUGGCUUGUCAGGGUCAUGUUUUCGGAAGACGCACAGCUCUCGACCUUCCGUAUGGGAGUUGCAGCGACUGGACUGUAACUACCAAUUGGAUAACAUGAAAUUGAGGAGAAAAGAGGGUAAAAGAAACACACAGAGACAACACUUGAAGGGACUACAAGUAGAGUGUGUUUCUGUUGAUGUUUCAAUUUUAUUAAUUUGAUUGUUUAGCAUAUACCUUAAGUGCAUUAUGUCCUGAAAAAUACAGUUGUCUCAAUUAUUAUUUGUUCUUUCUUGCUACAACUACCACAAAUAGUGGGUCUAAUUCUACUACCAACCAUUCCAAUCACCUAUAUUACUACUAGUAUAUUCUACUACCACUACUACUACAAGUACAAUGUUUGAGUUGAGAGACAAUACAAAUUAAUACUUGAAUAAUGUUAUUUACACUGUAUUACAUUUACACUAUAUUUACACUGUCUGAACAACUUUAAUUAUUUAUUAUUUAUUCCAUGUUCAAUACGGUGAACAUUGAACACUCUCUAAGUGUAACAGUUGAAUUGUUUCUGUUACACAAUAUCAAAUGUGAUAAUUUAACUAUUUGGUUCUCAGUUGAGGUUUAAUUGCAAUAUUCUUAACUAUGGACAGUUUGUUUCUUACAAAACAACGUGUUAUUAUACACUAAGUGUACAAAACAUUAGAAACACCUUCCAAAUAUUGAGUCGCACCCAUUUUUGCCCCCUGAACAGCCUCAAUUCGUCGGGGCAUGGACUCAACAAGGUGUCAAAGACUCCAAUGCAUCCCACAGUUGGGUCAAGUUGGAUGGAUGUCCUUUGGGUGGUGGAUCAUAGUUGAUACACACAGGGAACUGUUGAGUAUGAAAAACCCAGCAGCGUUGCAGUUCUUGACACACUAAAAUCGGUGCGCCUGGCACCUACUACAAUACCCCAUUCAAAGGCACUUCAAUCUUUUGUCUUACCUAUUCACCCUCUGAGUGGCACACAUACACACUCCAUGUCCCAAUUGUGUCAAGGCUUAAAAAUACUUCUUUAACCUGUCUCAUCCCAUUUAUCUAUACUGACUGAAGUGGAUUGAAUAAGUGACAUCAAUGAGGGAUCUUAGCUUUCACCUGGAUUCACCUGGUCAGUCUAUGUCAUGGAAAGUGUUCCUCAUGUUUUGUACACUCAGUGUAUGUUAUCAUAAGUUGCAUUGCAUUCAAUAGGCUACCUUUUACAUGUGAUGGCAGAGACUGCCCCAUCAAAGGGGAUUUCUUUCUAUAUGGACUGGUUGUUUUUGCUUUAACUCUGCAAAUAAACUUCUGAAGGA